CACACGCUCCUCCAACGCCUCAUCGGUCUGCCCCAGUUGCGCUCCCUGCACAUUCCAAAAAUAGCAGACCACGCAGCGGGCAACUACGACCCCCGGGAGCUCGCCCUGCAGAUCGUCGACAUCAUCUCGCUGCGCCCAGAGAUCCAACUCUGCUACGUUGGCAUUGGCAAGAAGUGCUUCGAGAUCCUCGAGAAUAAACCCCUCGACUCGUCUACGCACGGCGUCGCCACCACGGACCCCACGGCCGAAGCAGGCGCGCCUGGUAGCGGCCACGUGGUCCCGGGCCAGCACGGUUCAGGUGGCGACGAGGCCGCCGACGACGACGAAGAGGACGCGAGCGACGAUGACGAGGAUGCGAGCCAGGUCGACACAUCAGAGGACGAGAACGAGGACGGGCCUGGCGGCGGUGGUGCAGGCAACGCCAACGACGCAGCCAGCGUGGUCGAUGUUGACGACUCGCAGUCCGAGGCGUCGCUUGGCUCCAGCGACUCUGAUGCAGACUCAUUCCGUGAGGCGGACCACGUCGGGGCCAGGCCGCGCCUGCGCCUGCGUGAAAUUUUGUUCUACGACGACAAGGUCGCCAUCUUCAAAGCGCGCCACGGACGACUAUAG